AUGACUGCAGAUACGGUCCAACCUCUACUGGUCAAGUUGCCGUUGGCAGGCACUCAAACCUUUGCAGGUCGUUCUCAAAAUCCGUACUACAUUACCGCCUUGUAUUAUCCCUUCAUCUCGAUGGGUGCAAUUCCUUCCAUUCUGCCCCAAGACCUUCAGUUUCUCGAAUCACAAUGUUGCAUACACGUGCCAACCCGCCCCAUCAUGGAUGAGUUGAUGCGCCAAUAUUUUCUUCAUCUGCAUCCAAUGCUCCCAAUCAUCAACGAGGCUUCAUUCUGGAAUAUCUAUUCCAGCGACACUGGAGAGUACGCAUUAGACGAUCGAAUUCCGUUAAUCGUUUUACAAGCAAUGCUUUUCGCUUGCUGUAAUUUUGUCCCAUUGCCUUUUCUUAGAAAUCUCGGAUUCGGUACUGCCCGAGUUGCUCGUGCUGCUUUCUACCGCCGCGCAAAGCUUUUAUUCGACCUAAAUGCAGAAUCCUGCCCGAUAGCUCUCUCGCAGGCCGCACUCCUUCUUUCCUCGUGGUCGUUAUUUUCGGCCGGUAUCCAGAGGAAUCCCAGCAUCCCCUGGCUUGACAUUGCUAUUCAGCAGGCUAAAAAUGCCGAAGCCCAUAACCACGAAGUCAUUAGAACGUGGCCUAAAAGGCGCGCGGUCUUGAAACGACUCUGGUGGUGCUGCAUCAUCCGUGAUCGUAUCUUUGGCAUGGGAAUGCGAAAUGGCAUUAAAAUUACGCGCAAUGACUUUGAUUUCCAAAUUCAGAACGCCCUUGGGUUCGCUGAUCUUAGCGAUGAGAUUGAAAACAGCAAAGUGCACGACCCUGGCACAAAACGACGGCUGGUUGAAAUAUUCGAGCUGCUGAUUGAACUUUGCAUCAUGCUCACAGACAUUCUGGAUCUCGCAUUUCCUCUCGAGACUAGUUCUGGAUGGCGUGAGGUCUGUAUGGAUGAGGAGGAAAGAGUUACAGGUUACAAGUUGGCAUUAGAAAGGUGGCACAGGAGAGUGGUACUGAAGUUCCCUGAGCUACCUUCGCAAACUAGAUCUUGCGAGCAAGAGGUCCAGCACGGCACUGUAACACUCUGCCUUAAAUUGCUAUUUAUGUACCACUACUCUGCGAAAGUCGUCCUCUCCCACCAUGAAAUACUACAACUCGCUAUGUCACCAAUAUCAAAUUCUGCCAGCUGCUCGCGUGCUCUCAUUCUUGAAGACAAUCUACAUGAGCUUCAAGAUGCCACGUCAGGUAUUACGGAUUGCCUUGCAGAUUUGAUACAUCUUGAGCUUGCCCAGUGGCUUCCGAUCAGCGCUGUCGCAUGUACAGCUUUGCCUCUUUUUCUUUACAUCCUCGACGUCAAAGUACUGUCUUCGCCACGAAAUUUCGUUUACUUGCAGCCAGAGGGUAAAGAAAGGCGUUUGAUGUUACUUGUCGAGGCUAUGAAAACUUAUCACCCACAGUAUGAUGGUGUCGAUUGGGUCAGCGAAACAAUCAGGCAUGCCAUCUGCCUUGCAAGAUGGGAUCAUGCAACGCUAAGACAAGAGCUGGAAAACGACACGCGAAAAGGUAUUGACAUGGCUGGUUGGACCGAAAUGUUAUCUUCACGUCCAGGAUGGUAUCUCCGUCUCGCGCUGACGAUAGACUUAUCUUUGAGUAAGGGCCGUUUCCCAGAAGACCGAGACUUUCCUGUUGGCCUUCGAGGCCUGCUGGUCGACAUUGGCCAGAGGAGGCCACUGCUGAAGCAAAUUGAGCAGAAGGCAGUUGCGAGGAGCGAUUCAUUGGUGUGUGUUGUGAGACCGCCCUUAGAUUUCGAGGAUUCGAUUUCUCAACAGAGCGUCAAGGACGUGCAACACCCCGGAAUUUAUGCCAACUUGGAUAAAAAAAUUGGCGUGUCUGAAAAAGACUUGAAGCAGAGUCACGGGGAUGGUUUUGGGGAGCCCUUUUCAUCGGACACGAUCGGUUUCAAACCUCAAGAGGACUUUUGCCUGGGAGACUUGGCUCUCAUGAACGAACCAGUGGAAGGAUUUGACAUGCUUGCCGAUGAGGUUUUCAGUAUCUUGAGCGCGGACAACAAUGUAUCUAGGUAG